UCGGAUUUUUUAUAUGGCUGUGUUAUUUUGUAAAUGUCAGUUAUAUUCAAAUAUUUCUAAAUGUUACUGUUUUAAUUUAUUUUUAACUUUUUUUUAGCAUUGUAAUGCGAUUGGACCUAUGUUGUCUUAAAUAAACGGAUUUAUUAUUACUGUAUGUCUUUCCCAUCACGGAACAAUGGUGUUCCGGACCUUUGGGAGGCAUGCGCGGAGCCGAAGCCAACACGUAGACAGUUUGACACUUUAAUGAAAUGUAAGGGGUACACCGAGUGGAUGCUGCCCUUGCCCGUGUCAUGGGACGCACGCAGAGGCAGCACCCGCCAGGGUGUAAGGACUAUUUGAGAGUUGAUGGAAUCUAAAAUUUGCUCAGAUCAGAGUACCCGGAGCUCUAUUUUCAACUCCUACGCUUACUCUGGUUAUAAUAUUAGCUGAAAAUCGUUGAGCAUUAGACUUUUUGUUUGCCGCGACAUCUAUUGUCGAGUAGCAGUACUGAGAGUUCCGCUACUUGACGCUAGAUGUAGACAACGAAAAUAAUAGUAUUUUUGGUAACAAAACCGUUGUAUAGAGUGAGCACUCUUGGUCUUCUUAAUUCUCUUUGGCAUGACCUAUACAACGUACCCUUUCUGUGGCUGGUGUAACAUACGUCGUAUAAAUCAUUCCCAUUUGACCCAGUCUCCUGUAUGGGGGCGGUCACGUGGGGACGUCGCCAUGACCGAAAUCAGCUAGACCAGAGGUCUGUUCUACAAACAUUAGAUAUUCAAAUAUUUAAUAUUUACAAAUUUAAAACUCUUACAAAACAUCUUUAAGACCAUUUCAAGACUGUUUACUCUGAUUAGUCGAGAUAAUGAACGACACAAUGUCAAGCUAUUCAAAUGAUAACGCGUGUAUAAUUAUAAGUGAAACGGUAUUUUCCAGUAGCUAAUAUAGCUAUCUAUAUUGUUUUGUUUCGUAUUCUUAUUAUAAUUAUUUGUUUAUAAGUUAUUUGUUUUACAAGGGGCAAAGUUGUUGUUUAACCGCUCGUAUUGUAUGCUAAUAUUGAUACCCAACAAGCGAAAUCGAAGUACAAGCGGCGAGUGGCUCGAGAAGUGGAAUCUUGAGCGUUGCGAGUGUAUCAAGACUUUCUAGGCACGAAGGUUAAAUAAAUUUUGCCACUGAGUGAAACACAACAAUUUUUACCACCCCGCCGCGAGGAAAACACGAACUGUAAAAUACCAAAAACAUGAACGAAAUCAAAUUAAAUGAACGUUAUUAAAAUAUUUCAUCAUUCAAAAUCAUUAUUUAAAAGUCAAUCCUACCAGCUAACAAAAGAAAUCAACUAAAAAAUUUGCAUCAAAUUACCUUGCCCCUCUUGUGGAUAAAAUGCAAUUUUCUCAUCAGUUUUUGAACAAUCAAGAGAGGCCUUACGAGUGUGGUGAAAAAAUAAUUGAUAUACUAUACUUAACAGAUUGUUUCAAUAUUGACAUCUGUCAAUUUAUUUGUUUGUUAACGUCAACAAUGUUAAUUAAUAUAAGGUCACUCACACCCACAUCUUAUCAAAUCAACUCUUGGUAACAGUUUGCUUGUAGGUAGGUUUAUUGAACUUAUGAAGUCAACGAGAUUUCGCCCAAUAGAGGUGAAUAUGGAGGCGAAAAUAAAUGAAGUUUUAAAACGACAUUCUGUGAUCCUAACAUGAAGCUUGACAUGAAUAUUCAAGUUACAUAUGUCUGGUAGUAUUAAAGUUUUCGUUGCUAGACAUUAUUGUAAUACAAAGAAAUUAGAGCCAGUAGAAGUUUUACAUACUAAACUUAAGAAUAACAAUUUUUAGUAAUGAAAACUACAUAGAUAUAGAGGAAAACUACUAAUGUACCUACUAUUACGAUACAAGUGCAGAAAAUAGGAAAUUCGCAACGAGUGGUGAUAAAUUAAAACACGACCGAUGGGAGUGUUUUAAAUCGACACGAGUUGCGAAUUAUCUAUUCGCACGUGUAUCGUACAACGUUUUACAGUACAUAUUACUCUUUAAAGUUUCGACAUAUGCACGGAAAGUGCUCAUUCCCGCACACGUGCGGGAAAGUAGUAUCAUAUGUACUGUACAGAGUAUUUUAUUAUUAUAUAAACAAUACGCAUUACAAUUUUAGGUUGCGGGCUAAGCAUGUACCUACGUGUCGUGUUAUAGUAAUAAUCUUGAUUUUUUGGCCUCAAACCCUAAGCUGUUAAACAAAAGGCAUUGUUUCUUUUGUGCACCGCGGUGACCGGUGACUAUCAAAUUUCUCAUUACUGAGAAGGAUAAAGCCCAUUUAAAAGACAAUUUUAGCGUUCUACUUUUGUGGUACCUACCUGUAUGGGUAUUAUCCUUUCAUGCAUUCAACAGUUUACUUCCAGGGCGCGCUAGGAUACAACGCAGUAGCGACGCGCAGACUGUUCGAUCAGCUGAUAACCGCGCUUCGUAUCCUGCGUGGUCGCCUGGACUGUCCAGACUUUGGCGAGGCAUGUCGGCUUUCGGCUAUUUGUUCCAGAAGGGCGUGCCUUCCGCCCGCACGGUCUUGCGGCGCAACUCGCCCGUUUGCUGAGCGUUGAACACGCUCAAUAAGCUCGCUGCUGUGCAACACUCCUGCGAUUUGUUUGCGGACGGCUGGAGGGAGUGGACGGUUAUUGAGAAAGAUUGUUUAAAAUAUGCGAGUUACUGACCUGAUUUAAUGAUUGAAAUGUUUAAAUGUAUUUUAUGACAUGAUCUUUAUGUAGCUAUUACAUAUACUAUUUGUAUCUCCUUGGAUUUCACGGGCCUAUAAAUCUCGGUCUUUUGAUAGGCUUGCGUGGGGAAAUAGAUCCAACACGUAGAGGCCCCUUUGAGAGAUUUAAUGUCAUGUAGAACGCCUGCUGGAACCCGUUCACAGGUGCAACAAUAGAUACCCAUGAACCGAUCGCAGCAGGCAUUGGGACUAUUGUUGAAAAAGUGAACAGUAAAACGGUCGAUGGAUUGAAAUUUGGGUGGACAAUGAGAAUGGGUUAUUGCAAAGACGUCCGGACACCUGCCAUAACAAUGUUUUCACUAGUUAUCGAGGCAGGCGGUGACUUGCCGCCCACUAGAUGGGCCCCUGAAACUGCCGUCGUGAAGACGACCAGGAGCAAAACCGGUGUGAGCGGCUCAGGGGUGUCGAGAGAUUUACGGCGCUUUCUACCCAAUGGCUGAUAACAGCCACUGUGCCAACUCGCGUCUUAUGCAAAUUUUCACUUCCACCCCUGGAGCAUUUAGCUCUAAAGACUCCUCUCUGGACGGCCAAUGAAGACAAGCCAGAGCUGAGAGUCCUGCGGGUCGCCUUGGGGUCCACUACGACCGACGAAGACACGCCGGAGACGGAGACCCUGACCGACUCUCGGGAGUACUCGGGUCCGUGGGGUCUUUACUCCCCAGCAGCUCGCCACAAGCUGCCCUGCCUUAAAUAUACUUAUUAUUAUUGUUUUUUAUAAAUAUAUAAUGACCUUAGGUAUAAGAAAUGUAAUAACGACUUAGGCUAGUCCUGUAAAGUAACAUUUAUUGUUUUUAAUAAGUUGAAAUUUAUGGUCCAAAUUCAUGGUGUGUUUGUUGUGUGUCAAUCUCUUACCUAAAGUACCUAAAAUAAAAAAGUCCCAUUGUGCAAAUAAGUUUUAUUAAGUGCGCCAAUACACUACUAUCGCUAUAUUCUCACAUAGGUAAAUAAGAUAAGAGGCAUGCUUACCUAAAUGUAGAUAUCCAAAUCACAUAAUCAUUCUAAUCUAAAUUAUGUGGUCGACGAUCAUCCAUCAUUAAAAAGUUAUCAGAAAUUCAUUAGUAUCAAAUACCACACUCAAAGUUUACGUAAUUUAAACCUUCAUUUUGCGUUCACCAUAUUUAUCUACUCGCUGAAAAUAAAACACGUCUAAUAUCACGUUCCUAAAACACAGACAAAAAAACAAGUAUCCCGAAGAUAAACCUCUUAGACCUGUAUGAAAGUAAUAAAUAUGAAAUUUAUUGUACGGACCCGGAAUACCUAAUAUAGUCGAAAAAACUGCCAAUUUAAAAUUCAAACAUUACAAAUCUGAAAACCCUGGCUAGUGAAAGCAAUAACCAAGACAGAAAGGUAUCAGAGACGGCCAUUGCAUCUUCGUCUCCUAAUUGACCGAACCAGCAGAACCUUGCACCUUUCCCCUAAUAUAAUGUAUUUAUUACUAUCCAAGCUGCCCCUAUUCAUCCACCUUCCACUGGUGAUGUCACGUGCCACCGUAGCCCCAACUCACUUAUUCCUCAGCCGAGUAGGCCCGUGCGCCGACACCUCCAAGAUGGCAGUCAGAGUGUCGGAGCUGAGCAUCAUGCGCCGGUUCUACGACUUCAUGCUGUCGGGACAGCUGAAUAUUACUGGUAACUUCAGUGAUGGCUGGGAUAUCAAGGCAACGAUGCAGAAGUGCCCAGACAUCCGCAACACCGACACAUGCGACCACUACCGGUCUUUCACGGUCGUCUCUGGCGGUUGCAGCGGCGAGAGUUUGCCAGGUUUCGAUCUCUACAGCAUGUUCUUCCACUACCUGAAUCCCAAAAUGAGUUGCCCAAUAAAACCUGGACAGUACCACAUUGAGAACUACCCGUUCUUCACGGAGGACAACUACCUGGCCGUGACGGAAGCUAAGAUAUCCACCAGCGUCUUCGGAUACACGGUGCGGCUGGACGGUUUUAGCGAUUCAGAACACAUACUGUGCGUGGAGGCGUACCUGCGCCUGCUGUACCUGCGCGAUCACAACUGGCUGGACCUGGAAGCCGCCGCCACAGAGCCACAGACCACCGAAGAAGACUAAUAUGAACUAUAUGAAGCAAUAAUCAAUUCACUUGCAUUUGUCCCAUUUAAUUGGCGACUAGAGUCAGCGCAGCAUAUCUUUACCUUCCAUAAGUACCUCUCUAUCGCCCAUCAUCUCAUCAUUCACAUGUUUUCUUUUCGUAUGAUCUCUUAGGUCGACAGCCCAUCCUUUUCCUUGAUUUGCCUUUCCUCAUACAUCUCUCCACAUUCAUUCCUAAUACCGUCUCAUGACUUUCAUCCCACUUUAUCACAUGUCCAUACCACGCUAGGAAUUUGCUCUUACUUUGGUUUUGUAAGACAUUUGAAUAGUUGAGUCGCGCUCUCUUGGAAGGGUUUCCACGGAAGACAAGGUCAAGGUAUGCAAAACGCACCUUGACAGUCUUGACACCAAGCCGAGUGCCUUUACAGUGAC